AUUCUUCUUCGUUUCAUAUAUCUGUCGGGACUGUUUAGGAGCCGAGUCCUGCUUCCUCGUCCCCAUCUUCGUUCUCCACUCAAAGCAUACUUGCUUUUCCCUUCACUCCGUUUGACCCUCCUUUCGCAGUCAUCGGACGACUUCCUCUUCUCCAUCCCUUUAGGGUGUUCUACCGCAUUGGACGAACUUCCUCCGAAAUGGCGACCGAGCAUGCGGAGCAUGGAUCGAGAGGAGCCACAGGCAUCAUCGUAGCAGUUGUCUCAACCUCUAUCGCCUUCGUCGUACUAGCUUUGAGGAUGUUCACGAGAGGACUGAUUGUAAAAACUGUUGGAGCCGAGGAUUAUGUUGUGCUUACUGCCUUUGCGCUAUCCGUUGCACUCACGGCUCUCAUCUGCGUGGAGGUGCAACACGGACAAGGACGCCACUAUUCCACGGUAUCUGUUGAAGAAUUGAAACAGCUAAACAAAGCCUUCUGGGCGUCGGUGCCAUGUUACCAGGCCAGUUUGACCUUGACCAAAAUAUCUAUCCUGCUUCAGUAUAGACGUGUCUUCGUCGGUCCUGGUAUUCAACGCAUCAUACUCGGUUUGAUUGGGGUUAUCGUCGUCUAUGGACUGUGGUCUGUAUUCAGUACUGCCUUCAUGUGCUCGCCAGUGGCCUACUUCUGGGAUCACAGCAUUGGUGGUCACUGUCUGAGCCGAAUGGGAGUGUGGUUUUCCAAUGCUGCUCUCAACAUCAUCACGGAUGUCAUCAUAUGCUUCCUUCCUAUUCCGGUUCUCAACAAGCUGCAGCUCCCACGCAAGCAAAAGUACGCCCUGAUGGCGGUCUUCUUACUUGGACUAUUCGUCUGUCUAACCUCCAUCUUGCGACUCAAGUCUCUUUACGAAAUCUCCAUUUCGACUGAUAUCACCUGGGACAAUACCCCGGCGGCAUACUGGUCAUCUCUCGAAGCCAACUUCGGCAUCAUCGCUGCUUGUCUGCCCACUCUCCGCAAAACGAUCACUCGCUUCUUCCCUCGCUUCUUCUCAUCACACUCGCACUCGAGAUCGGAUCAUGCUCGUAGGACGAAACCCAAGUCACGCACCAACAACGAUACUGAUGGCUUUGCGAAAUUCGCCAUUACGUCACACGCCGCCCAAGCAGAUUGGGUGCAAGGCUUGACGACCCAAAAUGGCAAUGCCAAAGACAUAUCACACAAGAUCGAGAUGGACACUCUCAAGAACAAGACGCGCUUGAGUGGAAGUGAUGAUGGUAUAACUAUGGUGGAGCCGGAAGCUGACGAUGGGAGAAUCAGGGUUAUCACUGUGAUAGCGACACAUGAGCUCACACCGACACCAUCAGAGAUGGACUUGCAUGCUGGCACGAGUUCGUCAGGUUGAAGUCCAAAGGAGAGACAUCUCGUGUAAGCCCUAUCUCUCGUUCACGAUGCGGUUAAUCACCGCGUCAGUCAUGUCUCUCUCUUUCAAUGUUGUAUACCCCGCCCACUGUAGCCUUAGUCGUUUACCCUCUUUUUGUAAUGACAUUCGACGAUCC